AUGGCCGUUGGAGCAUCAAUGCUUGUCGGAUCAAUCGCCAUCUUGACUGGAGGUAUCAGCAUACGCAACGUCGUUGUUGCCGUAUACGUAAUUCUCUUCGGCCUUGCCGUUGGCGGCCUAGAGCUCCUGCCGCAGGUGCCACCAUAUUUGCCCAAAUAUGCUAGCUUUCUGUUCUCAUUCUUGGGCCGUGGUCUUUUCUACCUUUUCGUCGGUAGCUUGGUACUCGAGCACGGCACGUUCAGCUACAUCAUUGGAGGCAUUAUCAUGGUUGCAGGUUUAGGCUACGCUGCUUUGGAGUUCAUCCCAUCGAUCGAGCCACCAUCUAACAUGCGUGACGCCGAUGCUGGCUGGGGUGCGGAACAGGUUUAA